AUGGCAUCAACAGCUCAACAUGCUUCAAAAUUCACUAGAUUCUUAAACUCCGAAACUGGUCCCAAGACGGUACAUUUUUGGGCACCUGUUUUCAAAUGGGCUUUGGUCAUUGCCGGUAUUAAUGAUUUACAAAGACCCGUCGAAAAGUUGAGUGGUACUCAACAAAUUGCCUUGUUUGCUACUGGUGCUAUAUGGACAAGAUGGGCUGGAUUCGUCAUCAAACCAAGAAAUCCAUUGUUGGCUUCAGUCAAUUUCUUCUUGGGCGCUGUUGCUGGUUACCAAUUGGUCAGAAUUGUGAAUUACAGACGUGACGUGGGUGACUCUCCAAUGCAAGUGUUCAAAUAUAUUAUCGAUGGAGAUCCAACGAAGCAAAAGGAGCAGACUGCACCUGCCACUGCAGCUGCCGCUGCACUUGUUGAGAAGAAGUAG